AUGCAGAGCAACGCCAGCUCGGGACUGAAAACUGCGCUGAGUGAGUGCGGAGGAGAGGAGGAUGAGAUCUCAGCGCUGGUCAGCCCCACUGGAGCGGUCUCCAGCCUGCCGGCUUUCAACAUUUCUCUAAACUGCUGGCUUCACAUCCUCUCCAAGGAGUCCUCACUCGAUCUUCACGGAGACAGCGCCAACCUGCCAGUGCGUGUGGUCAUUGCUCUGGUCUAUCUGGUGGUGUGUGUCCUGGGGCUGGUGGGGAACGUCCUCGCCCUCUUCCUGCUCCACUCCCGCCGCCGGGGCCAUCACCACUCCUCCGUCGACUGCUUCGUCAUGGGCCUGGCCAUCACCGACCUCCAGUUCGUCCUCACGCUGCCCUUCUGGGCCGUGGACACGCUGCUGGACUUCCGCUGGCCGUUCGGCAGGGUCAUGUGCAAGAUCGUGAGCUCGGUGACCACCAUGAACAUGUACGCCAGCGUAUUCUUCCUGACCGCCAUGAGCGUGACCCGCUACCGCUCCCUGGUCACCUCGCUGAAGAUGAACAGCCCCGGGGCGGCCGCGGCUCGAGCCAAGUGGGCCAGCUCGGCCAUUUGGGCGGUUUCACUGGUCGCCACGCUGCCUCAUGCUUUCUACUCCACCACGGUCCAGGUGUCCGCGGACGAUGAGCUGUGCUUAGUCCGGUUCUCCGACUCUGACUCGGGCCACAUGGAUCCCCAAGUCCUGCUCGGACUCUACCAGACGCAGAAGGUCCUCCUGGGAUUUAUCGUUCCCCUGAUCAUCAUCUCGGUGUGCUACCUCCUCCUGCUGAGGUUCAUCCUGAGCCGGCGCGUCGUGAGCAGCGUGUCGGGCAGCGAGAUGGAGAAGUCGGAGGGCGAAAAAGGGCGACACCGCCGCCGAUCCAAACUCACCCGCUCCGUCACCAUAGUCGUUUUGUCCUUUUUCGUCUGCUGGCUGCCCAACCAGGCUCUCACUCUGUGGGGGGUGCUGAUCAAGUUCGACCUGGUGCCGUUCAGUAAAGCCUUCUACAACACGCAGGCCUACGCCUUUCCCCUGACUGUGUGUCUGGCCCACGCCAACAGCUGUCUUAAUCCCGUGCUCUACUGCCUGAUCCGACGGGAGUACAGAGCAGGACUCAAGGAUCUUCUUCUCCGAGUGUCUUGCUCCAUCCGGAAUGUUUUCUCUUUGGCUUUAAGAGGAAGACGGGUGGAGGAAGCUCCGUCCAACAUGGCCAUGAUACAUAAGAACAGCAACGUGUAAUUCCUUCUGUCACAGACCACGGAUAUUUUCGGAAAGGGCAUUAUUUUCUCUGUAUACUAAUUGCAUAUAUGAUAUAGAGAUAUUGUGCGUUUGUUAAGGGGUUUUAGCUUUUCUCAUGGCUCAUUCUCACUUAUUCACACACAUCUCAAUAGGUUGAAACUCAUAAACAUGGCGUCCGAAUGUUGCCAAGGGGUGGCCGCCACAGUCCCAGUGAUAGAUGAGAAACAAAGUCCCAGACAUGGAGGCCUCAAAUUCUGUAGUGGUCAUCCAUAAGAGGAAACUGGGAUAAUCUCCUUCUCAGCACUUACUUUCUGUAAAUACCAUAUACCUUAUAUCAUGUCUGGGAAGAUGCUGGUCAGUCAAGUGAGUUUAUCGUGUUAACCAGAGACAGCUGGUGGGUCACACCUUUUUAAUCUUGGCCAAAUGAUAUCAGAAUUCAGAAGGUUUUUUCACAAUCACAAACGAAAAUCAAAACUUUAGCCUGAUAAGGAAACAGCUACUUCAAAUGGGGAGCUUUUUUGUUCACCUUUGCUUUUUUCCCGCAUUCAGUUGAUCUUUUUCAUAAUCUUUCUGUGGUCACUGAAGGCUCUAACAUCGGGUAUGCUCACAGUCGAGCAUCAACGCAUCACAUCCGCUUAAAGACAGAUCAGAACGCUGUAACAUCUGCAGCUUGUUGGGGGCUCUCUUCACACCUGGGCUCCGUCUUCAGUAUCUGACUGACGCUCAUAAAUCGAUGGCAUCUUUUGGCUUUGGUUUAAAUUGAUGCAUACAGUUGUGCAACUUGCACCACGGGCUGUUUUUACAGCGUAGUCAGCACAUUUUCUGUGUGACUCACAUCACCGCUUGCCAGGAGUUCACCUCAAAUUUUCAAUACAAACAGAGGAAAUGUUUUCCCCGCUGCGGUCUCACACUUUCUU